GGCCGCUACUAUAGCAGUCACAGGGCACAGCCGAUCCGGAUACCAAGCUGAUCACGUGGGUGCCACUGCCAGUUGCAUGGCCGCUUGUUUAGGUUGUUGCUGUGCUUGUUGGGACCAAUGGUUUCGCGCGAAUAGCUCGUUCUGAAUGUUUUUCCUUGCAUUUGUGAGUUCGUGGCCACUGUUACCACACAAGAGCGUUACCGAAACGCACCCGAGUGCACUUUUCAGGAGGUGCCAGUCCUGGAGAACUGCGUGACCUACGGGCUUUUGGCAACAGCUGACUGACAGAACGUCAUGAAGCGAAAGUCGUGCCCCUACGGCCCGACCAACGACUACGUUCUAAGCAGCCCCAUUGGCCGCCUUGCCGUGAAGAGCUGCCCGCACGGUCUGCACAGCUUGCAUCAGCUGGAUGACGAAGCACUUUUCUCCCCGGACCCGAGCAUUGAGGUGAAGUUGCUGAGCCAGGAGUUUGAGGACAAUGGCUACACGUACCAACCUGUGCUAAGCUGCUUGUCGUGGCUUGAUGCCUACUUCAAGAGCCCAUGCCAAGAGCAGAGGCCACUGCCUGCCAUCUGUGGACCAACUGUUUUUCCUAGAGGCUCAUUUUGGGCCUCGGUGUGGCGGACAUUGUCCGAGAAGGUCGGUCCAGGGACGACGGUGAGCUACGGCGAGUUGGCAAGGCUCUGCAAUAACCCCCGGGCUUCCCAGGCCGUUGGCUCGGCCAUGCGGAACAACCCGCUCCAGCUCUUAGUGCCGUGUCACCGUGUCGUGCGGCACGACGGCACCCUGGGACAUUACGCCGGAGGGAAGCGAGACGAUGUGAAACAGUGGCUCCUUAAUCACGAGGGCAUUUGCUACUAAAUUGCUGCGAGGAAAUUGCAAAGAAGUCGCGCAAGACCUGUGAUAGAGCUUGCUGUUGGUGGGCUACCAACUGGCCCUCGCCAUAGGAGUGGCCAGUCUUGCACCAUGGUCACAUAACAGGCUCUCCUAAAAGGCUCUCCUGCAGAACAGCCAGCUUAAGUUGUAAGCAAUGAACAUGGCCAGUUUAGUCAUGCCUCUUUGUAGUGACUUAACAAUGUCACCUAGCCUGUUGGCCGUCAAUAUUGCUGGCUAGUUGCACCUAGUUUGUAAAUGGGCUGCAGUUUACCAGAUGCAGAAUACUGUGGAGUUGACCAAAAGUAGCCAUGAGCUGGCCUCUUGGCUAGUGAAGUCAGAACUUCUGCAGGUUAUGUUGACAAUGUAAAGCGAAGACAAUAUUAAAAAGGCGGAAAGAUUCUGUGUCGUAAAAGUGGCCAUGAAAUUGGACAUUCGCAGAGUAGUCAAUUUUGCUACUUUGUAGCGACUUCAAUUGAUAAGCUCAUUUUGCCAGUUGGUUGUCUACAUCAACGGCUAGUUGCAUCAAGCUUGUAAACAAAGCUACAGUUGUUCGAGUUCACUAAAUGUCGCAGGAACACUGCACAUGACUAAGCGGUCAUGAGUCGGCACCUUUACUCGAAAGUUCUAACUUGUGCAGGCUCUGCCAUCCAAACGAAUUGAACGCACUACCAGAGUCUCUUACUGCUAAAUGUGCUAAAAUCUUGUAAAGCAGCUGGUAUCCAAUUUCAUUUUGAAGUUCCUUUGCUUGUUCAUGGUCUGAAAUGUCUUUGGGUUGUGCUCUUUGACAAGUUGGCUUAUCGAAGUAGAGUAAAACAGUUCCUUGAAGCACUCGCAAUUAGCUUCAUGCAAACAGUUAUGACACAGGAACAUUUGGCAAAUAUCAGAUUUACCAAUGGUGAAUUAUAAGGUCGAUAUUCUUGCACUUUUGUUUGUAGUGAUGCUCAACAUUGUAAUUUUUUUAUUAGGAAGGCACUCAUAAUUUCCUUCAUGCGUAUAGUUAGCACAGAGCUGAAUGGCUAAACACUAGUGUUUCUACAAGCAUGGAACACAACCUUAUAGCCUUUCACCGUGUUUACUGUAACACCUUGCAUUGCACUUUCUUUGUAAGAAUUUCGAAGGAAAGAUCUUGCGAAGGCACUUCCUCUAGUGAACUGCUCUGUGUGAAACUUUGAUGAUGGAGUGGAUUGUUGCUUUGUGCUACCAGUUUGAAAGGUAUUGAUCGACAUAUUAGGAGAAACUGCAGAUCAAGUUUGCCUGUUAACGAGUUGUAAGGAAUAUUGAUGCAGGAGUGCAUGAGCAAUUGGUUGCUGGAGGCUGCAACUUUGAUGUGGACACCUUGCCUAUUGUCUGAUUAUGUAUUUGAUGUGUGGCUGCUUAUGUAAUAUAAAUAGAGGAAUGCAUCGCUAUGGGGAGGUUUGUCCAAUUGUAAGGCGUCUUGUGACGUCUAUAAUUGUUGUUGGUCAUGUGAUAUGUUGCUGCAAUAAAAUAUUGCCUGCAAGCUGUCGGCAAACCUCCGAGA